GAAUGGUCGGAACAUGGGUGGAGAAACAACCCUUCGUUGCUAGCAGCUAGUUGUUAUUGCGCAAAGUGUCUUUAAUAGUUGAAAAAGUUUCAAAAUUACACCAGGUUUACAUGACUAUAAAACAAAACGCAGUUGGUCAACGGUAUCUAGUUUAAUCAGAGGAAAAGUUUUAUUUCAAAUUUACAUCUAAGUUAGCAUCCAGCAGGCUAGCGUUAGCGAUGAUGGACAGUGAAAUGUCUGAUAUGGAUCAGCCUCCAGCUGUGGAUAACAGCAGCAUGGAGGAGGAGAAUGCACCCUUGUACUGCAUAUGUCGGAAACCAGACAUCAACUGUUUCAUGAUUGGGUGUGACAGCUGUAAUGAGUGGUUCCACGGUCACUGCAUAAACGUGACUGAAAAGAUGGCCAAAGCUAUCAGAGAGUGGUACUGCCAGCGAUGUCAGGAGAUGGAUCCAUCUCUUGAGAUAAAGUACCGGUCCAAGAAGAAUCGAGAAAAGGAAGCUGAACCAGAGAGAGCUGAAAAGCGGUCAAGUACUCCAGACUUCAAACUUGAUAAGCGUCGAGGAUCUAAAGUCAAGCGGUCUGCACGUAUGUGUGGCGAAUGUGAACCCUGCCGGCGCACUGAGGACUGUGCUCAAUGUGACUUCUGCAAAGACAUGAAAAAAUUCGGGGGCCCAAACAAAAUCCGGCAGAAAUGUCGACUGAGACAGUGUGUAGUCCGUGCACGGAAAAUGCUGCGCGUUCGGGAUGAGGAGUUUUCCCUGCGUGAGAGGAGGGAGAAUAUAAUGCACAGAGACAGACGAUACUCGGACGACUUUGAUGAGAAUGAGAUGGAGCUAUACCAGCAAUACAAGGAGCAAAACAUGCCAUGGGGAAGUGAGGAUGAGGAUGGGCCUGUUUAUAGCCCUGCUCGGCGCAAAAAAGCAAUAAAAGUAAAGCACGUUAAGAGGCGAGAGAAGAAAAUUGACAAAAAGAAGGAGUCUCGUCGGCAUAAGCAGAAACAGAAGCAUAAAGAUAGGAUGCGACACAGUGACAGGGCCGACGGCCAUCAUACUGGAGAUUUACGCCAGUGCCUGGGCCCAAACUGCAUUGAGGCAGCCCGCCCAAACUCUAAAUACUGCUCUGAGGACUGUGGCAUGAAGCUGGCAGCCAAUCGGAUCUAUGAGAUUUUGCCACAGCGCAUCCAACAAUGGCAACAAAGUCCGUGUGUGGCGGAGGAGCAGGGCAAGAAGCAGCUGGAGCGAAUCCGGCGUGAGCAGCAGGCUGCGCGCAUGCGCCUCGCUGAAAUGGAGCGUCGCUUCCAUGAAUUGGAGGGGAUCAUCGCAAAAGCCAAACAGCAGGUGGUGCAGCAGGACGAGGAGGUGAAUGAAACAGACAGUGAGGAUACAGACCUUCAGAUCUUCUGUGUUUCCUGCAGUCAUCCCAUUAACCCCAAGGUGGCGCUGAGGCAUAUGGAGAGGUGUUACGCUAAGUAUGAAAGCCAGACAUCGUUUGGGUCCGUUUUCCCAACGCGAAUAGAAGGGGCGACGAGACUGUUCUGUGAUGUUUAUAACCCUCAGAGUAAAACAUACUGCAAAAGACUUCAAGUGUUAUGUCCGGAACACUCCAGAGACCCAAAGGUGCCAGUGGAUGAGGUGUGUGGAUGUCCUUUAGUGCAGAAUGUGUUUGAGCCGACAGGUGAAUACUGCAAGGUUUCAAAGCGCAAGUGCAACAAACAUUACUGUUGGGAGAAACUCCGGAGGGCAGAAGUGGACCUAGAGCGUGUCCGAGUGUGGUACAAGCUGGAUGAGUUGUUUGAGCAGGAGCGCAAUGUGAGGACAGCGAUGACGAACAGAGCGGGGCUGCUGGCCCUAAUGCUGCACCAAACCAUACAGCAUGACCCACUGACCACUGACUUGCGCAGCAACAAGGACAGAUAGCCAUACAGCCCGUUAUACUUGACAUCUUCACAUUGCAGUUGUGGUUAUUCACCAUUUGUUAUUAGUUGUAAUUUUUUUUUAUUUAAGAUGUAAUUUAAACAAGCUCAAAGGGAUGGACAAUAUAAUGUAUAGGAUUUUGCAUUCAUUGAAAAUGCCACUCGUGUCUGUUUCAGUGACUGGGACAUCUGCAAUGCAGGCAACUGUUUCAUAAUUUUUCACGAUUUCUGUUCUUUUUAUUUCCUUGUUUUAUAUAUCUUAAAGGGUCCAUAUCAUGAAAACACAUUUUUUUUUUU